GUUGAGAAUAAUGCCCGCUAUGGCCGCCAUCUUACCAGUUAAUUCUCUAAUGUAUCGCUAAAUCGAUCCCUAUGCCUAGCCUGAACCCUAAGCCUAAAUCGAUCCCUCAACCUAACCUAAACCCUAAUUCACUGCAACUAUAAUAAGCACGCAAAUGACGUCAUGGGCAUGAUUCUCAACAAUAGCCAGGCAGAAUAUCGCUUAAAAUAAUGUUUCGCUAUUUUCGGUUCCAGUCGACAGUGAUUGCUUUCUUUGAAUGGUUUUUAGACCUGCCGCUGACCUGCGCGUUACGCUUGCCUGACUACGACCGCUAUUUAAGAUUAAGAUCCACUUAUUACAUUGUCAGUGAGUAUAGGAUUUUAAAAACAUAAUUUCCUAAAUUUGGAACUUAUUUGUUAGAAAUGGUAAGUUUUCUUUUUUGUAUUUUUGUUUGUAAAUGUUAAUCAAUAAUUAAUUUAUUAUUACGGCUACGAGUACGGGUCACUGAAACAGAAGAGUUUCAUACAACGAGGGCAAUGUUCUUCCAGUUCCAUGAUGUAGACUAGUGGUUCUCAAACUUUCUAGUACCGCGACCCUUUAAUACAGUUUUUUCGUGUCGUGGCGACCCCCCAGCCACACAAUUAUUUUCGUUGAUACUUCAUAGCUGUAAGGAUAAGUCUUUUCAGAUGGUCUUAGGCGACCCCUGGAAAAGGGUCCCGCGACCCCGGGUCGCGACCCACAGGUUGAGAGCCGCUGAUGUAGACUGUAGAGUAGGUCAUGGAGGAUUCAUUUGCUAUACACUACACUGUAUUAAAUCUUACUUCCUAUGCUAACUAUCAUACCCAUAUUUCCUAUCGCAAAUGCUCCAGAUUUACAUUGAGGAUUUAGAUAUUAUUUAUUUAUAAAAUACCACUCUCCUUUUUGUUGCUGUCUGACAAAACUUUAGAAAUCCAACAUCGAUAUAAAUGCACCUCCCUCCUCUUACCCACCCACCCCCCUCUUAUUCUCUAGUUCGGAAGGACUCUCACUAUCGUUAAUCCAGGGUAUCACUACCACCCUAGCGUUAUCUCUGAGUGUGUCGUAGGCGAUAAUGAAUACAGAUUAACCUCUCAAAGAUAAGGUAACUGUCAAAUCUCAAAUGGUCUCCUCCCAUUAUCAGUGAUGAUAAUUUGAACAACCUAUUUUAUUGUGAGUUUUUUUUUAAAACGCUGACAGAGUCAUGGACUAGUCAGAGGACAGGGGUCCGACUUGUGACAGUGUCUUAAUUUAUUAAUUCGACUUAACUUAGACUUUAGACACAUGAUGUUAUUAAUAUUAACAAGCUGUUGACAUUGUAAUGCAAUGCGAACAAUUACCAAAGUCAAUAUAUAUAUAUANUAUAAUAUAUAUAUAUAAAUAUAAUUUUUACUUGAAGUUUGGCGUUUGGAGAAGAAAAUUAUUGUUUUAUUCACAUUAUUAUUAUGAUUAUGUAAUGAUUGUCAAAGUCUAAAUAAAACACCUAAUAAUAUGAAAUGAAAUAUUCUAUUCUAAUUGACUAUAUUUAUAGUCUAUAUACUAUUAAUACUAUAUAAUAUAGUAUAUUAUAUAUUUGAAAAAAGAUUUCUUAAACUUAGAGACAAGCCUAACAUUGUGAUUGUAAGAUGUCUUAGACUUAGAUGUCAAAUAUGUUAAGAGGGAUGGGCAUGUCUAAUAAGAAGAUAUAUUACAUUAUAUUAUACUAGAAUAAAUGACCCAAUGUUAUCGAGAUAAUAAUGGUAGGUCCUUUGCGAUAAUUUCUACCUGACUACCUGCAAUUGCAAAAACUCAUCACAAUUCAUAACUUAAAAAAUAUAGUUAUAUUUAAGUUUCUAACAUCAUUAAGUUUUGUGAAGUAUUUAUCUGCUAUAUUGCCUAUGUAACAUGUAUUAUAUGCCUACCCUACUCCCUUUCAUGAUCAAAAACUACUUUUUCCCCCUCUAAACAUGACCUUAAAUUACCAAAUCUUAAAUUAUCACUAAUUAUGUAACUUUUGUCACUAAAGAAUUAAAUUGAGGGACGAUUUCUACGCUAGAGAAAUACUUUAGAUUUACCCCUUUUCGUGCCUUUGAAUUACAACUUUUUUUCUUUAAAAUUUUUAAAAAACAUCAUCUUAAAUUUACAACAAAAACUCUAUAUAUGAUAAAAAUAUAUUUUAUAUUACAGGACUUUGAUAUAUAUUGAUAUGUUCCUAAAAAAUUUGAAGACACUUUUGUAUUUUUAAAAAUUAUACAUUAUCAGAAAAACAUAAAACAAACCUUUUACCUAAAGAAGAAUCUCGAAACCGUUUUUCUCAUCGAUUACAGACUCGUGUCUUUUUAAAAAUUGCUUUAAAAAUUUAUUUAAAUUUUUUAAAAGAAAAUAUUAACCCAUCACCAUUUUUCAAAAUUAAAUUUUCAAGUGUGUAAAAUGAUUGGGUUUUGAUAGUCAUGGGUAUACUUAUAUAAAUGUACCAACGUUUUGUUAACGCCAUUGAUUUUCUUAAUUGGUUAACAUAUGUCUUUUUGUAAAAAGAGAAUGUAACAUCUCUUUUUUCACAAAUGUAUUACCAUAGGAUUUAGAUAUAUUGUCAUCCAUGUAAACAUGUAUACAUCCUAUUUCCUCCCUCUGAUAUGUAUGUACCCAAGAAGGCCAUUUAUUUAUCAAAUUCAUUACUUUAUUUUUUAGACAUAUCUUGUUCUGCCUGGGGCGAAAUGACCAACCCCCCAAUCAAGAUUUUUUAUUAAAAUUAAUACAAUCUUCCACCGGACUUUAGUCCUUUCCAUACCCAAACUAACAAAUUUUGCACUUCAUUUGAUGAAUGCUAUUUGACUAUGGAGUUUCGCUGCUCUGAUUGACUUAAACAGCAUUUUCCUAUCAGAAGGACAUUUAAAGGUUAGUUUUUAUUAGUCAUAAAUUUAAUUUAAAAAAUAUAUUUUUGGAAUUAAAAAAUAAAAAACAUGUUAAAAAUAUAAAGCUAUAAUAUGUGUGUGUUUUAUUAACAAUUUAAAAAGUAAUCAAUUAUAUUUUUUAAUUUUAAGAAAGGGGAAUGCAUUAUCAUUUUUGUCACGCAAGGUUAUUAAACCAAAGAAACCUAAGAGUUUUGGCUAAAUAGGCAAUUCGGUAUGCCAUCAUUUGGUGAUUAUGUAUAACCAAUAAAUUUUAAUUUAUUUCCAAUAUUAGCAACACACUAAAAGACCACUAAAAACAACUGAUGUUUGGGUUUUCCCGAUAAAUGUGAUUACGGUGUAUUUUUUUAUCAUAAUUUUUUUUUUUCAUAACUUUCAAACACAUAUAAAAUGCUUAAAAUAGUUCCUUAGUUAUGCUUUAAAUGUACUUGAAAUUUAUAAAAAUAAUACUUAAAAUUUUACUAAAAUAAAAGCGGAUACAAAAUAUUUUUUGCCCAUUUAAAUUUAUUCGAUUUCCGUAAAAUAAUAGAAAAUAACUAUGAUGUUUUUCAGAUUCCAAAUGUAUUUAAAUCAUUCUUUGACCUAAGUAUAUAUAACUAAGUAUAUGUAUAUAUUAGUCAUUGGCGAUGAUGGGUACUCGGGUACCUAUAGCCACUUCGUAUAUAUAUAUAUAUGUAUGUAUAUAUAUAUAUAUAUAUGUAUAUAUAUAUAUAUGUAUAUAUAUAUAUCUAUAUAUAUAUAUAUAUAUAUAUAUAUAUAUAUAUAUAUAUUUUUUUUAUAUUGAUAUAUUAGUCAAUAUAUAACUAUAUAUAUAUAUAUAUUUGAUUUUGGCGAAUAUGUGUACGCGUGUAUAUAUAUACAUUUUAUAUAUAUAUAUAUAUAUAUAUAUAUAUAUAUAUAUAUAUAUAUAUAUAUAUAUAUAUAUAUAUAUAUAUAUAUAUAUAUAUAUAUAUAUAUAUAUAUAUAUAUAUAUAGUUCUUUUACCUUGAGAUAUUAGUCGCUUGAAAAAUUGACACUAACCAAUAGUAAUAUGCAUUGAUAAAUAGAGAAAAUAUAUAUGUCAGAUGGCCUCUGAAUAUUAAUGAAAGAUUCAUGUUCAGACUUAAUGCUAUUCCUUUUUUAUCCACCUCAUGUUUAUUCCAGAAGUUUUCUGCCCUGCUGAUACCGAAUUUGUUUUGAUGGAUGUACAUUAUUUUAUUUACAGAUGUUAAAAUUGUUUGAAAAGUUGCUGAAAAUUAACAUGUGGAAGUAGAAAAAAAAUCUUCAAACUAUUUUUGACUAAUGUUACAAAGGCUUAAGGCACUCUUUCGGGUAAGUUCUAUGAUUUAAAAAUAGGAUCAAUUUAUUGACACAUUCCAUCUUUGUGUGAUUAUUGAAUUGAUGAGAGAAAAAAUGUUUUGCUUCUAACCAUAAUCAAUUAUUAUUUAAAUUUUAUGGUUUAGUUUUGUGCUGAAAUUGCAUAAUUUCUAUAACAGGAUUUACAAUGGGGGUGGCUGAUGAGGGUACAAAGUGGCAUUUUAAGGGGUGCAAGGAAAAUUAAUUAUAACAUCAGAGGAACUAUUGACUUUUAAGUUAUGAUAUAAAUUUUUAUGUUGUUUUACUACAUGUAAUAAGUUACAAGUUUAAAACUAGGUUGAUCAGGUCUUUGUAAUUCAUUUGCAAACAAUUAGAAGUUCAUUUUUUUUUCAAUUUUUAAAAUCCAUUGUCUUUUGUAAAGGAUGAGAGACUUGGUCCAAAAUUUGUAAUGGGUUAUUUUUCUGUCUGGCCUACUUAAAGUAGUGCUCGAUUCUAACAAUCGGCUCCAUUUACAUCUAAUCUACGAAUGCUCUACAGAAAUUCUCUCAAAUUAUUCUUACUUUCUCAUUGUGAACUUCAUUUCAAAAGUUGAGUGAAGGUCUAAAAUGAUAGCUCCUAACGGAGGGCAGACCAUACUCAUCUCUCUUGUAGUUUGAUCUCUUCUCAAACUGACUCUACCACUCAGGUUUAUAUGUCAACCAUAUAUGACCUCUUCUUGACACUUUUCUAUAUUUAAACCAUGUAUGCCCUCUUAUAGACAUGUGUCUAUAUUUUGAUGUUUCCCCUCUUAUAGACAUGUGUCAAUAUUUCAAUCAUGUAUGCCUUGUUAUUGACAUGUGUCAAUAUUUCAAUUAUGUAUGCCUUGUUAUAGACAUGUGUCAAUAUUUCAAUCAUGUAUGCCUUGUUAUUGACAUGUGUCAAUAUUUCAAUCAUGUAUGCCUUGUUAUUGACAUGUGUCAAUAUUUUGAUCAUCAGUUUGUUACCUCAGAUACAUUCACACAUUCUUCUAACUUAUUUCCUGAUAUGAUGGAACUACAUAUUCACCUUGUGAAUACAGUUACACAUUACUUUUAUCUAAAUAUGGUGGUGUGUUGGUUUAAGACAUUGGUCGGCAAAGUGUGGCUCGGCAAGUCUGCGACGAAUCGGGUUUGACUCUCAAAAACAUGGUUUUUGACAGGUUCUUGAAAAGAAAUGUGGCUCUCAAAAAUAUUUCAAUCAUCCUGCUGCUGAUUUUUGGUUCUUUUGACCACUGUAAUGAGUUUGCCGACCACUUGUUUAAGAGAUGGAAAGGCUGCAUUUUAUUGAAAUAGCCAUACUAUCUUAAUUUUAUAUUAUUUAAUCAUUUGUGUGCAUGCCUACUUAUUUAAAGCAUAUCAGUUAGAUGGGCUUGCUCCAUUCAGUCUUACAAUCAUAAUAUAAUAUCAUCGCACAAUAUAUUUUAAAGAACAAAAACCAAGUGAAACCUGAAUGUUUCUUAACUUAUUAUUGGUGCUAGUUUUGUUAUCUAUAACACUAUGAGAAAACUGCACUGUCGACAUUAUAGCAUGGUUAAAAAGGUGAUUAUGAUCUGUAGGCAUACAGGUUACAACACUAUCUCUUUGUUUUGACUUUUUGCCCCUUGCAUUCAAAGUUGAUAGGGGUUUCCCUCAGAACAACUUCGGGGCCAUUAAAUCCCAGAGGCCCCUCGCAGCCACAGGGGUUGCAGGACCCACAUGACGGUUCUGGGUUACGCCUAUUCGAAUGGGUUGGCCCAUGAAGUUAUACUGCUGUCUGAUUUAAAAAAAAAAAGGUUGUUAUUGUCAUCAUAUGAAAGUUGACAACAUCAUGUGACAACAUCAUGUGACAACAUCAUGUGACAACAUCAUGUGACAACAUCAUGUGACAACAUCAUGUGACAACAUCAUGGUCGUGUUAGUGUUUACAUUAUCAAAAUUUGAUUUUCAAAUCAAUAAAUAGAAAUGAUGUGAAACCAUUGAGAAAAAAAAACUCGAAUCUUUGCUUUUAGUGAACUUGAACAAGUUCAAUAAGGUAAUUGGUUUGAAAAAUGAGUUUCAUGCAAUUAAUUAUGUUAACUAUGAUGUAUGCUACCAGUAUAUGACUAGCAUGCCACAAGCAUGCUACCAGUAUGUGACUAGUAUGCCACCAGCAUGCUACCAGUAUGUGACUAGUAUGCCACUAGCAUGCUACCAGUAUGCUAUUAGCAUACUACCAGUACGCUAUCAGUUUGCUACCAGUAUGCUAUUAGCAUGCUACCAGUAUGCUAUUAGCAUGCUACCAGUAUGCUAUCAGUUUGCUACCAGUAUGCUAUUAGCAUGCUACCAGUAUGCUAUCCAGUAUGCUAUCAGUUGGCUACCAGUAUGAUAUUAGCAUUCUACAAGUAUGCUAUCAGCAUGCUAUCCAGUAUGCUAUCAGUAUGCUAUUAGCAUGCUACCAGUAUGCUAUUAGCAUGCUACCAGUAUGCUAUCAGUAUGCUAUCAGUAUGCUACCAGUAUGCUAUUAGCAUGCUACCAGUAUACUAUCAGUAUGCUACCAGUAUGCUAUUAGCAUGCUAUCAGUAUGCUACCAGUAUGCUUUCAGUAUGCUACUAGCACACUGUUCAGUUUCAAGUAAAUUAAAUAAGCUCAAACAACGAUCCUUGAACAAAAGUCGGCAUUUCAAAAAAAAAAAAAAUAUAUAUAUAUAUAUUUUUUUUUAAAUGAUUGCGUAAAAUGAGCGUGAUAUAGGCCUAUAUCUAAUCUAAUCAAACACGCAGGACAGAGUCAGUCCUAUUUAUAUUGUUAAUUCAUUAUAAAGCAUCACUGUAAAGGGUCGACGACCUUUGAGUAGAAGGGACGUACUGCAUAGUACGUAGUACGGUGGUAAAGUACACAACUUUAUCAGCCUGAUGAUGUCAUUCAUACGUUUCCACGGAAUAGGAGUCGUAACAUGUGUGUAGCAUGCAUGCGCUGUGGAAUGCGGGUGGGAGCACCGGUUAUGUAUAUAGCCAUAGGUGGGAGUACCGGUUAUGUAUAUAGCCAUAGGUGGGAGUACCGGUUAUGUAUAUAGCCAUAGGUGGGAGUACCGGUUAUGUAUAUAGCCAUAGGUGGGAGUACCGGUUAUCUAUAUAGCCAUAGGUGGGAGUACCGGUUAUGUAUAUAGGCAUAGGUGGGAGCACCGGUGGUCUAUGUAGGUUGAGCAUUUUUGGUGUAUAUAGGUGGGAGCACAUGUGAGCUAUAUAGGCAUAGGUGGGAGCACCGGUGGUGUAUGUAGGUGGAGCAUCGUCGGUGUAUAUAAAUGGGAGCACCGGUGAUGUGUAUAUGUGGGAACACUGGAAGUGUGUGUUGGUAGGGAAGCGUGUGUUGGUAGGAACCCCAGUGAUGUGUAUACGUGUAUCAUCGUUGGUACAUGUAGGUGGCAGCACUAGUGGUGUGUGUAGGUGUGAGCACUUGUGAUGUAUAUAGGUGGGAGCACUAGGGGUGUGUGUAGUGUGAGCACUAGUAGUGUGUGUGGGCGGUGCUAAACUCCAGAUAUCGUCCCCCCCCCCAAACUGGCGUAAGUAUAACCUCAAAAAGAUAAAUGAGAUGGUGCACGGCCCUGUACCACCGCCUUUUGGCCGUCACAGUGUUGUACAAAGGGACGGGGGCACUAGCAUGCAUCACCAACUUCCUAAAUAUAUAUAUAUAUGAUGGUAAUCAGGAUGUCCCAUCACGUCAAAUCAUUAGUCCCAUUCUUUUUUUACAACAAACUAACAUUAAUAUUAAUAUAUUUUCAUCCUAUUCUCCAAAUUUCAUUCCUCCCCCCCCCACCUUUCUAAUUUUGUUGUUGCACCCCCCUGCUAUGUUCUUAUCUGCACCCAUCCCUUUAUUGCUUUGAUAAUCGCCUUUGUACAUAUAUUAGAAUAUUCUGACGGCUCGCCAGGAUCAUGUACAUGUAUAUAUUUACUUCCGUUGACAGGAAAUACCGUGCAGGUCAUGGUCGAGGUAACCAGAGAUUCUCAGUUCACGUUUGACUAAUGUUGACCUUAUUUAAUGCUAGCCAGUAGCGACCACAUUUAGGACACCGGUCCAUUCAUCUGUUAAUGUCACUCAGCUCAAAGUAUUCUCUUUCACUUUAAGUAAAUUCUUUGAGACUUCGCCAUGUCUGCAACUGCAUCUAUCGGUGAGACGAAUGGCGUGACGGUGCAUCCAGUCGUGGAAGUGGACGAACGUUCGAGGUCAAAAAAACUCUGGUGCAUAACAAAGGCUAGCGGAUUUAUUAUAUGGUCACUGGAGCGUGCAUUCUUCAAGUAUGUAUGAGUUACGGGGCAUUUGAUUUGGGAUUUCGUUUCUGUUUAUUUUAUUUUUUUUCCCAACACUAUUAAGAGCACAUAUAGGGACUCAGGAACUGAGAAAAUAAGAUAAAACAUUUUAAUUUUAAAUUACGUUGAAAGCUGUCUCCCCUUUCUUUCCCUUCAAUUAUUUAGCAAAAAAAUGAUAUAUAGGCUCGCUAAGACCUAGUGUGUCCCACACUCAUUUGGCAUGAAACGGCAACAUUGAAGAAACUAAUUAUAAACACCGAUGCAAGUAGACUUUGAUUUCGGUGGCGUAGCUAGGGUUAGUGAUUCCAAGCCAGGAUUAUUGACACCCCAGGAUUAUUGCCACCCCACCUUUCCACAAAAAAGAUCGCAACUGACGCUGUGAGUUGUAAAAAAUGCCGCCCCUUCAUAUAAAGGGAAAAAAAUCGCAGAAGGGCGUAGCACCCCUCCGCUAUCUUAACCUACGCCACUUGGUAAGUUCAUUAGACCUACCAAUUAGAUUUCAUUAAAUUGAACUCUUUUUAAACUAUUUACUCUUAUCUUCACUCUCAAUUUAUUGUCUAAGGCACAAUCGUUUUCAACCUUUUUUUUUUACCACUUUUUUACCAUUGUUUUCACCACUAUCACGGAUCGUCUGUGGUAGCCGUCCAUUAAUGGCGCCACGAUAACGUUGUUUCCACGUAGGGCUUUGGCCUGCCUCACCACUUCCUUCUACUCAGAUCUUCCAUCCUCGUGGCGCUACAGCCCAUUUAGGGCUUUGGCCUGCCUCACCACUUCCACUCAGACCAAACUGAUGCAUUUCUUUUCAAUGUUUGGAAUCCAAGUAGCUGUAGAUCCCUCUCCACAUUAUGCAUCCAUCUAACCCUAGGUCUGUCUUUGAGCCGUUUUCCACUGGGGUUUUGGUGGUGCACCCUAUUCACUCCACUGUCGUGGGAUCCUGAUAUAGUCUAUACAUUUCCUGGUUGGUUCGUAUUCUCUAUCAUCCUUUGUUAGUCCGUAUAUUUUCGGCAGUUAGUUUUCUCAGUAUUUUGUUUGUAACAUGUAACAGGCAAAUGUAUCUGUAGUAUGUGCAUUAGAGUUUGGAACCUUUUUUGUGUAUCGGGGUUGUCGUGCCGUUUCCAAUUUUGUUGGAAUUGUCUCUUCUUUCCAAAAGUUACAAGUUUAUGAUUCUGAUUGUGCAGUUCUCUGCUUCCAUAUUUAAUAAGUUCUGCUGUGAUGACGUUUUCUCCGGGGGCUUUGUGGUUUUUCAUACAAUUGUUUACUUCUGAAGUUUCUUCCAAACUUGGGGAGUUUAUUAAAGCGUCUGAUCCUCUGAGUGGUGGUUGAUAAUCUUCGUCUUUUCCAUUGUCUGCAUUUAGUAUUCUCUAAAAAUAUUCAGCCCACCUCUCCAGUACUUGACUAUUUUCCAUCCGUAAUUGAUUCUCCAUCACUGCUCUCACUCAUUUGAGUUCUGGCUUGGUAUCCACUCUUUUCGUCUUUUAAAUUUUAACUGCAUUCGUUAUCAAAACAGCCUACCAUACUGUUGGUUUGCUGCAAUCCAGCUACUCUCUCGGCUGAUCUUUUCAUAGCAUUUUAAAAAUCUUAUUCCAUUGUCCAUUAAUGUAGUUUCCCUGUUUAGUUCAUCCCGUGAUGCUUCUAGUUGUGAUGUGACUUACUUUUGGUAAGCUUUUGUGGUUAACGGGUCUUUGGUAAGUUUUUGGUACUCAUUCACGUAUGGUUUUUCUCUUUGAUUUCGGCCAUCGUGAAUUAUGCUUAUUCUCUGCUUAUGUUUAAUGCUAACAAGUAAAUGGUCAGUUCUGCAUCUGCUCCUCGAUACCUUAUGUCUAGUACGUCUGAUCCAUGUCUCCGAUCGAUUAGAACAUGGUCGUUUUGGUUGUGAGUGAUUCCAUCUGAUGAGUUCAACGUAACUUUAUGUAUAUUUUUGUUUGAAAACUUGGUGCUGGUAACUGUCAAUACUGUCAUCCCUUUUCCUUAAGCAAAGCAUUUGAGUCGGAUCCCAUUGUCAUAGGAUUCUUCAUGGCAAGACUUUGCUUGCCAAUAUUUGGCAUAAAUACUUUUUCUUUCACUAUGUUGGCAUUGAAGUUGCCAAUCAUUUUAAUAUGUCGCGGUGCCUAAUCGUAGAUCUUUUCCAGCGUCUCGUGAAUUGAUUCUUUCAUUUAACUUUCUGUAUUCUUACACAAAGAACACAAUUUUCAUUCUCUGGUUUAAAACCUAUAACUGCAGUGCGCGGGCUUCUUUCUUCAAAACAAAUCAUGUUCAAGAGUGUUCAUGUUGUUGUCACUAUGAAAUAUGGAGUAGUCCUUUGUCUUGACGAUGUCUACAUUUCCCCGUCAAAUGUCUUGCAAUGCAGCAAUAGAGAUUUUAUAUUUAACUAGUUGAUCUAUUAGGUUGACCGAGGCUCCUGCUUAUUGCAUUACAAGUCGCAAUCCCAAACUCUCAUGUCGAUUUCCAGCCUAAGGUCGACUUCCAUUAGAAUCAAUCUGUUUUAUUUUGUUGUUAGGCUUUCGUAACAUUUAUUAAUAUUAUUUUUUUUUACAUGGCCGCAUUGUUAGCCCUGCACACAGCGUCUGGGGGAGUUCCCACAUAUAGCUCUCUAGGUAGCUGCCUUAAUUUUCGGGUAAAGUUCCUUAUACGAGGAUCCCUCCACGGCGGUAGGUUCUGAUUUUGGUCCGCCCUGGGUAUUUUAUUUCCCCAGUACCCGUCACAUCUGGUGGACUUUCCCCAAACCGUCAACUGGGGAGGCACUCGAAGGAAAAUCAGUACCCACGUCCAAGUACGAAGUAUUGUGAUGGUGUCUAAACACUGAGCCCUAUUUGUGACCCUGGGGGAGGACGGGAUAAGAAAUACACCCAAGCUCGCAUCAGUGACCCAUUACGAUUUUCACUUUUAAUUGUAAUCAGUAGCAUUUUUAUUUGCAUACUGGUGAAGGGUGUCACGCAAAGUUUAAUAUUUUAACUAACACGUAUCCGCAUCUGAAUUCUGUAUAUUACUGAUCAUAUGUGGAGAAAUUCGUGGUUGAAAAAAACUAACAGCCGCGUCAUUUAGCUAGUUACACAAGCCUAGUACACGUGCAUCAUUUAGCUAGUUACACAAGCCUAGUACACGUGCAUCAUUUAGCUAGUUACACAAGCCUAGUACACGUGCAUCAUUUAGCUAGUUACACAAGCCUAGUACACGUGCAUCAUUUAGCUAGUUACACAAGCCUAGUACACGUGCAUCAUUUAGCUAGUUACACAAGCCUAGUACACGUGCAUCAUUUAGCUAGUUGCACAAGCCUAGUACAUGUGCAUCAUUUAGCUAGUUACACAAGCCUAGUACACGUGCAUCAUUUAAGUAGUUGCACAAGAUUAGUACACGUGCGUCAUUUAGCUAGUUGCACAAGCCUAGUACACGUGCGUCAUUUAGCUAGUUACACAAGCCUAGUACACGUGCAUCAUUUAGCUAGUUAGACAAGCCUAGUACACGUGCGUCAUUUAGCUAAUUACACAAGCCUAGUACAUGUGCAUCAUUUAGCUAAUUACACAAGCCUAGUACACGUGCGUCAUUUAGCUAGUUACACAAGCCUAGUACACGUGCAUCAUUUAGCUAGUUACACAAGCCUAGUACACGUGCGUCAUUUAGCUAUUACCCAAGCCUAGUACACAUGCAUCAUUUAGCUAGUUAAACAAGCCUAGUACACGUGCGUCAUUUAGCUAGUUACACAAGCCUAGUACACGUGCAUCAUUUAGCUAGUUACACAAGCCUAGUACACGUGCGUCAUUUAGCUAAUUACACAAGCCUAGUACACGCGCGUCAUUUAGCUAGUUACACAAGCCUAGUACACGUGCGUCAUUUAGCUAAUUACACAAGCCUAGUACACGCGCGUCAUUUAGCUAUUACCCAAGCCUAGUACACAUGCAUCAUUUAGCUAGUUAAACAAGCCUAGUACACGUGCGUCAUUUAGCUAGUUGCACAAGCCUAGUACACGUGCGUCAUUUAGCUAGUUACACAAACCUAGUACAGGUGCGUCAUGCAAGCCUAGUACACGUGCAUCAUUUAGCUAGUUACACAAACCUAGUACAGGUGCGUCAUGCAAGCCUAGUACACGUGCGUCAUUUAGCUAUUACCGAAGCCUAGUACACGCGCGUCAUGUGAUAUCACUGCUGGUUUUAGACGGAAUGUGGGAAAACGCAAUUGAAGCAUUGAAAAGAAAUACGACAUAAGAGAUGGGGGCCGGCUAAAACUAAAAUUAGUCAAAGUCUACUUCCAUCAAAUGAGUGUAGGGCACCAGAGGCAAGCAAGCGCCCCUGUCCCCGAUAGAGUGGUUCGGCCUUGGAUACGUCUUUUAAUUAUCCUUUAAUGUUUAAACUAGGUGUAUCCGCCUUCCGAAAAUGACAGCCUGUGUUUUCUAGGAAGAAAAUGUUGGGUUUUUUGGUUGUUGUUGUUUUUUUUAGUCAAAUUAGGUGUAAAAGUAAUGGGUUUAUUGAGACCCGGAUGCUGGCUAUUUCACUUCCUUAAAGAACGUUUGUUCUCAAUGAGAAUAUAGAUGUUGGCCAAACUUUUUACUUGAUUAUUUGCUCUUUCAUCGUAAUUUAUACCAAGAUUAAGAUUAUCAAAUAAUCUGAUGGUCCUCCCUCUCUAUAACCCACUCUUUCAUCGUAAUUUAUACCAAGAUUAAGAUGAUCCAAUAAUCUGAUGGUCCUCCCUCUCUAUAACCCACUCUUUCAUCGUAAUUUAUACCAAGAUGAUCAAAUAAUCUGAUGGUCCUCCCUCUCUAUAACCCACUCUUUCAUCGUAAUUUAUACCAAGAUGAUCAAAUAAUCUGAUGGUCCUCCCUCUCUAUAACCCAUAACUACCUGAAACCUUUCCUACUCAACACUCACCCCUAGGGGCUAUCCAUAAAGUACGCCACGCUCCAGAGGGGGGAGGGAGUGUAAGAAAGUGUGACAGUUUGUGAAAAGGGGGGAGGGGGGUCAUGCCAUGUGUGGCGUCACACAUUUAUUUUUUUUAAAUUUUAUUUCUAAUUAUUUUUUUUUAUUAUUUUAGUGGAAUUUAAUAGCUUUAAAAAUAAUUGUCAAAAAUUUUGUGUAUCAUUUGAAUUAGUUUGAUGUCAAAAUAGCAUGAAAUGCGUAUCUCCUGAAUGUGUUGUUCACGAUUCCUCUCGCUAGGACCGCUGCUAGUAUGCUGUUGCAAAGCUUUGUUUUAUGUAUAGCCUUGCUUUCGUCUUUCCUGAAGUAUUAUUUCUAUGUUGUCAAAUGCAUAAUUAUUUCACUGUCCUUUUUAUUAUUUAAUCAUUUGGUGAGGUCAAGUUUCUCUAAUAUACUUCUUAACCUGUGUAAAAAGAUUGCAUAAUCGGAAGAUUAUCUAAAACUUGACCUCACCUAUUGUAAAUGAAAAAGCAGCAGAUAAAUGAUGUGUAUUAUAUAAUUGUCUAGUCUAAUUUUUGUAAUUUUUGCUUUCAAAUUCAAUCUAGAUUAAGUUACUGCUUCAAUGAAUAACUGUGACAACUGUUGACAAUUAACUAUUCUACUAUUUAAAGUUCAUUUAAAUAAUGUAAUAGUGGAAAUUAAGUGGAAAUUUUAUAUAUUUUCAAACAGUUUAAUAGGGAAGUGUGUUUUAGAUUAAAUUUUAAUUAGGUGCUAAUUUUUUUUUUUAAUUUUGUUCGAAAGUGUGACGUACUUUGGGGUGGGGGUUCCAAGAUUUGUGACAGGGAGGGAGGUAAAAAUGGUCAAAAAUAGCCUGACAUACUUUAUGGACGGCCCCCUUUCCCCAUCCCCCCCUACCUUUUUCCCCCACAUUCUUUUCCCCUCUUUUAACCAUGAAGUCAAAGUUUUUAUUUCUUUUUUUUUUUUAAAUCCACUUUUCCCCCACGUCUAUCCUCCCUGACAUCAUCUACUUCAUCCUCUCAAUAUGUAAUAACAUAUCAUACCCCCUCCCACCAAUCAAUGUCACCAAAUAAAAGCCUAAUGGAACAGAUUUUGAGUGAUAUAAAAUCUGCUUCAAUAUAUUUUCCAUCAUAUUCCAGUGUUGGCCUCUUCGUGGGGAAAUACCCGAUUCUAACCUUGGUCAUUAUUUUGAUCAUGUGCGGCCUGUGUAGUGUCGGCCUGAAGACCUUCCACGAGACGCAAGAACAGGAAAAACUCUGGGUGCCCCAGUCGUCUCGGCUCAUCAACGAGAAGGCCUGGGUGGACAGAAUGUUUCCACAGGAGACGAGGUUCGUCUCGUACCUGGCUGUGCAACCUGGUGGGGAUAUCCUGACACCUGAGUUUAUAAGUGGGGUCAGUUUUUUUAAAGUUAUGAAUUAAGUUUAUAGGUAGAUCUAUUAUAAGUCCUCUAAUUACUGUCACAGUAUGGUAUAUUUAUAUGUAUAUAUAAUUAUCUAUUUAAUCAUCUUUCUCAAACACUUAAUUGUCUUAAUACUUAAAUGAAUUUCAAUCAAUUCUGAUGCUUGCCUAAAACUAAGUUUAAAAUUAAAUUUUUGGCCUCAUGUUCUCACUAUUUUUUGUUUUUUCUGAAAUUUUAUUAUCUUCAGCCAUAACUACCGUAUUUAUUGGCGUAUAACACAAAUGUGUGCGUGUUAUACGCCAAUAUAAUUUUUAUAUUUAUUUUUUUCUGAAAUUUCCUUCUAAAAUUGAGAUGCGUGUUAUACGCCGGGGCGUGUUAUACGCCAAUAAAUACGGUUAUCUUAUUUAUUCUUAUAAUUUUUCUAAUGAAACAUUAGUCCGUCCGAUUUAUCUUAAGACAUGUCUGUAUCUGUUUUAUGGAAAUGAUCAAAAGUGCUAACCACAACAAUUUAUUUCAGUUGCUUGAUUAUCUUAUAGAUUCUCAAAAUAUUCAAGUCAAUGGAAGGAAACUUAAUGAUUUAUGCCUGCAGUAAGUCAAGUUAUUCAAUAUUUUUUUUAAGUUGCAAUAAAACCUUGUCAAGUAUUUAUAAUUAUAUUUAUAUUAUUCAAUUGCCAAUACUGAAUAACUUAAAGAUCUAACUCACACAUAUUUUUGCGAACAGCAUGUAAUAUUUACCGACGCAAAUAAUCUUACUCUGUAACAUAUUCAGCCUAAUAUUAAAAAAAAAGCCGAUUUGACUCACAAUAUUUCAUUCUUUAGGAACCAUAUUAUUAUCUACCACACAGAGUUGGUUACUGGAUAUUUGUUUGAAAGAAAUUUCGUCGAAAGAAAUUUGGUCAAAUGUUUUUUCAGUUCACACGUUAAAAUUUUCGUUAAAUUUCUUUUUUAAUGCACUAUACUAUAAAGUAAAACAAAUUUGCGGAUAUGCACAGAGUUCUAUACAAUCUUUGCAUAAAUUAAAUAGUAAGAGAUAAAAUAAGUAGAUAUUAAUUUUUCUGCCCUUCUCUUCCUUCUUCCAUCUUCUCUCUUUCCUCGUUCCUUUUUCCUGCACCAUUAUCCACUCUGUCCCUCUCAUUUUCUUUCUAUUCCUCUUUCUUUCCCCCAUACUUCCCAGCUACACCAUUCUUUUACAUUUUAUACACAUUUUUUUCCUCAACUGUUGAGCUCUUAACGAAAAGCAACUCAAUAUCAUUUUGUACUAAGUUUUGCCCACAGUAGGUACACCAUAAAACUAUAGACCAAUAGCAGAUGCUUACACACAUUGACUGUAACAAAUUUAUGACAGCCAAAAGAGAGUUAAAUAUUGAUGAUUUAAACCAAUACCUUAUAAACGUUUGUAAAUUUAGAAUUUCAUAUUUCAAAGUGUCCACUGCAAAAUAUGUCUCAAGAUUAUUUUGUGAAAUUGCAUUCUAUUUUAUUAAGGGUUGGUCCAUUUUGCUAUAUCUCAAGUCUCCUGGAAUUCUGGAAGUUCAAUCAAACAAUUAUAAAAGGGCUUUCAAAAACUGACAUAAUCAAUGCAAUCAACCUUUCAACCAAGGGGUAAGUAGAUAAAAUUAAACUGUAUUUUAAAAAAUAUGUCAUGUUAAUAAAAAUUGAAGUCACAUUAUUCCAAAAAUAAAUGUCUUACAUGGAAAGGUAAGCAAAAUCAAUUGCAAUAAGCAAAAAAUUUUUAAGUAACUCAUAGUAAAGAUAAUGCAAAAUAUUGUUGCCAUGAUCACCAAGUAUUUUUUUAAAAGGUACAUUAAGCACUAGUUUACAGGUUAGCUAGAAAUAUAAAAAAAAAUUAAAAAUUUUAUGGGUAUUUUUAAAACACCUCUCAUAACUCAUAUAUAAGUCAAUAAUUUUUUAAAUAGUCCAAUAACAGGUGUAAAUAUAGAAAGCUUGCUUGGUGGAACCAUUGUUAGAGAUGAGUCUGGGAAAAUAUUUAGAGCUGAGGCAACUUUGAUGACUUGGGUUUUGGUGAAAGAAGAGGAUGUAAGUACAACAUUGUAGAUUUUUUUAGGAAAAAAAUAAAUAAAUUUGGCUAAUCAAUUAAAGGGUAUUUCAUUUAUUUAAGUACCACAGGAGUGGUCAUGAAGAGCCUGGAAGAUAUAUUUUAUCUUUGUACAGGUUGGAGAAUUUCCACAGCUACCUGGACCCUGUCCAUAUACUGUGUUAAGAGGCAGCUGGGCUCAACAUUAAGUUAACACGAGCAGUAGGCCCUUGUAGUUACAUUAAGUAUUAUAAAAUCAUAGAACUUUUAAUGCAAUGAAUAUUCAGUCUUUUAAAUGAAUCCACCGUUUGUAUUGUUAUCUUUCAGACCUCAGAUGCAGCUGCAUGGGAAAAGAAAAUGAUUGAUUUUGCUCAGAAAGGCAAGCCUGGCAUCAAUAAGACGAUGGUCUUUGCCUCCAGAAGGUAAACUGCCAAAUGGCAUUGGAUAUUGUUUAGUUAUCACUAACUGAUUAUGUCCCAAGCACAUGGAACUUUUUUGUUAUGUAUUGUUAACAUGCUUCAAUCUUUUUGACCCACAGUUUUGAUGAUGAAGGAUACGGAGCCAUAAACAAGGACAUAAAAUUACUAGCUAUGGGCUUCAUCGUUGUAUUCAUAUUUGUGAUGGUCUCCCUUGGCAAGUUUGACUUACUUCAGCAAAAGGUAAGUACCAGUCAAACAAGGUUGGAAAAACACUGAAAUAUAUGGAGAGUCCAUUCAAAUUUAACCUUGUUGCCCUGUUUAAACAAAGUCCUGGAAAAAACACUUAGAUACCAUUAAAAAAAUGUUUAUUUUGAUAUAAUUUAAUUUGAUAGUAAACAAAAUAUGAGAUUGACCAGGAAAUAUAAGACUGCUAUUGUCAAAAAGUUAUAGGCCUACCACUGUCAACAGAUUUUAACUUCUAUACAUGAUCAUGUGAAACACUAAUAAAUAAUAAUAUUGUGUAAUCGACUUAACUAUAAAUAAAGUAAGGUCAAUAAUAUAUAUACAUAUUUUUUUUGGCCUUAAAGUUAAUUAUUAUAUGUAUACAUUUUGAAUCAAUAAACUUCAGUUAACUGAACCAUUCAUGAAGAACUUGACUGUUUUUAUCCAAAAACAAAAAUUAACUUAAUUUCAUGAUAUGUCCUUUGUUGAUAUUAAAAUAACGACGACUAGAUCUUUUCAUUUUCCAGAUCUAUGUCUCACUUGUUGGUAUGCUCUGUAUUGGCCUAUCCAUCUUGGUAGCCAAUGGCCUUGGUACAGCAAUGGGUCUCCUUUACAGCCCAAUUCAAUCCAUGUUGCCUUUUUUAUUACUUGGUAAUGUUCUUGUGUUUCUCAUAAAUUUAAAAAUAGAAACAGAAAACAGUAUUAAACUAUUUAUAAACAAUUUUCAAAGUCAUUGAAGGAUAUUGAUUACAUUUUAACAUGCAGUCAUGAGUUAAAUCUAGAAAGAUAAAGGCUAAUACAAGAUGUUUUUUUAACAAAUGAGGAAAAUUAAUUAAAAUUGCUUUCCAGGGCACCUGAAUUUUUCCUUUUUAGUUGUAUUUAAGAGAAAAAUUACUAUUGUGAAAUUUCAAUAACCUGAUUUUUAUUUACUAAUAAAAAUACGCAAAUAUUAUUAAUGGCGUUAUUACUAACAACAAUUUUCACCAAUCUUUCUAUUGCUCCUAUUAACUAUGUAAAAUUGUUUUCAAAAGGUGUUGGUGUUGAUGACAUGUUUGUUAUAGUUGAGACAUGGAAAAAUCUGAGCCCAGUUGAACAAAAAUUGGAUAUUCCUAAUAAGUUAGCUCUGACCUUGAGCAAUGCAGGUGUAUCUGUAACAGUAACUUCAGUUACAGACAUCAUGGCUUUUGGAAUUGGUGCUACAACAGUAAGUAUCUGUAGGCCUAUUUAAAAUGACCUUAAACAUUUUUCAUCUUUUUAUGGCACUUUCAUUACUGCUAACAAAUGCAAUUUUUAAAAAUCACCAUUAAAUAGUGUAUUAAAUACCACUGGUCAGAUUCUCAUAUUUGGCAUGCUGGUUAUAAUAAAUAAAACAAUUGGUUGGUACCAUGCUCAUCACUUCAAUCAGCCAUUAUGUUGCCCAAAAGCAAAUUAAUUGGUUUGGCACUGCAAACUGAAAUUGCAAGCCUCCAAUAGCAGGUACCCUGUUUUCAGGGCCGGAGGAAGACAGUGCCGGCUACUAUUCUACUGUGUAAAGCAGUGUUUCUUAAAUGAUUGUCUGCGAAUAAAAAGAAAAUGUGAUUAACAAAUUUGGCAUCAAUUUCAAAACAUGUUCACUGGUCCGCCAAACUUUUAAAAGUUUGGGAAACACUGGUGUAAAGGACACCCUCAAAGCCCACAAUAUGAAUUUCAGUAGUCCUCAUACCUUGUGACAGGUGGCCAAAUGUACCUCCCAUUGCAACAUUUCAAUUUGGAAAAAGAAGCCUAUGCUAGCUGAAUGAAAUAAAAUUAUUUUUGAUUGCAAAAAAAAAUAAAUUGCUAGGUCUAUUUUUACGUAAUAAAAAAUUUUUAAACUGUGAAUAUUUCUAUAAUCAAAGAUUAUUUAUUCAUGCAGAAACUGGAAAGAUUAACAUCUCAUCAACUGCCAAUUUUCUGAUGUUCCAGGUCAUCCCUGCUCUCAGUUCUUUCUGUAUUUAUGCAUCUAUUGGAAUAUUUGUUUUGUUUGGUCUGGUGUCCACACUUUUUGUUGCUGCAUUAGCCUUGGAUGAGCGAAGACGAAGAGCAGGUCUAGAUGCUUGCAUUUUUUGUUAUCGUCAUCCAGAACCUUACACAUACAACAAGUGCAGCUCUAGUAAUUCAUUUCUACAGAUAUUUUUUGUCAAUUUCUAUGGACCAUUCCUUAUGAAAUUUCCAGUUAAGGUAGAGAAACUAUUAUGUUGUUUUUAAAAAAGGUUAUUAAAUAAUUUAAUACAACUUUUAGCAAACAUUUUGUUGUCUACUUACUAUUUUGAGACUCGGUUAUAAAUCUCUUAUUCCUGCAUAACUGUUAUAAUUAUAUCUCUUAUUUAGUUAAAGCAUCUUGGUGCAAGUAUAUUAUUUUUUUAUCUCAGGUAUUUUAAAAAAUACCUUUUAUUCCAUUUAUAAUGAAAGGAUACUUUUCCAAAUCUGAUAUAUUUAAAAAAUAUAUCCACUGUAAAGGCAGUGCUCUUUUUUUAAACUUUUACAUCUGAUGCAAAAAUCAUUUGAACCAAUGUCAUUUCAAUGCAAAAUAAUCUGUUUGCAAAAAUAACUUGGUAUACUAAUUUUUUUUUUUUUAAUUACUUUUAAAAUUAUUUUUUUUUUUUAAAUGCCAAAAGUAUCCAAAUUCUUUAUUUCCCCUCAGGUCGUCACAAUAUUGCUUACCCUGGCCAUAGCUGGACUUGGACUUUGGCGAGCAAUACAAAUGAAACAAGAUUUUGAUCUCAUUAAUUAUAUUCCUAAAGAUUCUUAUGCACAUUCCUAUUCCCGUGGGAAACAGUAUUAUUUUAAUAGACACGGGAUGGAAACCAAUAUUUAUUGUGGUCAGUAUGUUUUGGGGUUGUUUUUUUUAUUGUCAAUUAAUAAUGACAGCUAAUUUAACAGUAGGGAUAUUUUUGGGGGUCUCAGGGCUACCUGUAUCAUAUUUAUUUAAUUACUAUAAUAAAAUCUGUAUUUGUGUCAGUCUUUUGUGUUAGAAAUAUGUUUAAUUUAUCUUCAUCAGGUGGCUUUGACUACUUUAAAGAGAGAGAGGCUUUAAAACAGAUGAUGGAUCAGAUUUCAAAAAGUGACAAAAUUGAGGCUGGAUCUAUAAAUUCAUGGUUCAUGGCCUAUGAUUCUUACCUGCAAAAAACAGGUAUGUGGAAUCUGUUUCUGUAUCACUCUUACCUGCAACAAUCAGCUGUUUUUUUGUUGUUUUUUUUGGGUUGUUUUUUUUUUUUUUUUUUUUUUGGGGGGUGGGGGGGGGUUUUGUUGUUGUUUUUUUACAUUUUGAAAUAAAUGAUUGAUUACUUGCUUUGUUUUGGUUGAAUCGUUAAGAAACACAAAAAUAAAAUGUCGGCCCAAUAGUUUUUAAUUUCCAUUAAAAUCAUUUAAUAUAUGAAUUUUGUAUUUACUUUGAGUUAUCAGUUUCUUUAGAUUAUAUCAUCUGUGUUGUCCAUGCAGUCAGAUUUUAAUUUAUUUAAAAAGUAUUCAUGAAGAAGCAGGAACCUAUCAUGGGGGGUAAUUUUGAAUUAAAUAUUAUUAUAAUGGGUGAUUUGACCUUUAGGUUAUUAUGAAUUAUAUUCUGAUGUUAAAAAUGAAAGUGAAGCAUGAAAAAAUAUUAAAUUAUCAGUGUACUUAAUGACCUCAGUUAUUUAUUUUUUUUCCCUUCAUUUUUCAUUCAGGCCUGAAUAUUUCAAAUGCUGAUGAAUACAAUGAGAAACUGUUCCAUUUUUUGCUAUCUCCCUCUGGACAAAGGCUUACAUCUUUCGUCAAAUUCAACUCUACUAAACCACCAGUUUCUAUUGUGGUAAGUGUGAAACCAAUUCAGCUGGUAGAAGUGACCAUAUAAAUAUGAGAUGUAUUAGUUAAAGUACACUAUGCAAAUUGUACAACGUAACAAAAGUUAUAUUUUAAAAAAUUAUUUUUAAAAAAAUAAUUUCAAUUUAGAAAUGUAAACAAAGACAAAUUUGGAAAUUGCACUGACAGUUAUUACUGUAAAAUUGUUGUCCUCAAGCAUUCCAUAUAGUUUUUGAUUUACCAGCUUAACUCUUUCCAAGCCGAACGACGAUAUAUCGUCAAUUUGACGGGCUGCAUUUUUGCCAAUCGAUAUAUUGUCAAAAUAAAUACAUUUUCAAAAUGUAAAAUGCAUUCUGAUCAAAAAUAGAUAUUCUUUCUGAGGAUUGAAUCAGAAUAGGAUAUCAGCUACACAGAUCAUAUACUAGUCUGAUAACUUCAGAUUUGGUGCGCAUUUUAAAAAAAAACAUUUUUUAAUUGAUCUCAUAUUACCAAUAAAAUUUAUUGUCAUAUUUUUGUAUCUUUUACAUAUUAUCAUUCUUUGUUUAAUUUCCUUAAUUUAAUAUGAAAUACAGCCAUUUUGCUAACAAAAAGAUUUUCAAAAUUCAUUAACUGAUAUGUUAAUUGUUAAAAAUGUUCAUUGGCCGGAAACUGGUCUGGCGCAAAUGUGGUCACCUCACUGGCAUGGAAAGAGUGAAGUUGCUACACUAAAUAGAAUUAUUGCCUUCUUGUUAGAUUAUUGAUCAACAAGGUACUAACAAGCAUUCAGUCAUUAUGUUAAUUUUAGGCAUCUUACAUGACAAUGACUCACACCCGUCAACUGGAUUCUCAACAUGAUGUCAUGGCGAUGGAUGCUCUAAGAGAUAUCAUAGAUUCAUACAAUUUACCCAAGUUCCAUGGAAAAAACAUGCCAAUCCAAAUGUGCUUUGCCUACUCAAGAGACUACAUGACCUGUGAGACUAAUAAGGUAAUGAAAGAAAGAGCAUAUAAAGCCUUUAUCCGUCCUAUUUUAGAUUAUGCAUCUUCAGUCUGGGACCCAUUUACCCAGAAGAGCAUUGACAGGUUGGAGGCGGUCCAGCGACGAGCAGCACACUUUGUCCUAAACCGCUACAGGAAUACCUCUAGUGUUGGCAGCAUGCUAGAAACACUAGGCUGGUCACCAUUGGAGAAACGACGACGACAAUACAGGCUCUCCAUGAUGUACAAGAUAAAUAAUGGGCUGGUCCACUGUUCCAGUAUUAAACAGAAACUCGUCCCUCUCCCCCAUAGACAGCGACGAGGCCAUGACAGGCAAUUCAGGCUCAUACCAGCAAGAAGCCAGUAUAGGAGCUGCUCAUUCCUGCCCAAGACAAUCAGGGACUGGAACCAUCUUUCAAAAGGAACAGUUGAGGCGACAACACUAGACACAUUUGUGUCUAUUGCCUCAAGCCUUCAAACCCCUAGUGCAUGAUUUCCUCAUCAACACCAGUAACAGAAACAUUGCAAAUCCCAUCUACAUGCAUAGGAGCCAAAAUGAUCAAUAAAUUGAUCGUGGGCCCUUAAGAUAUAGAAGAGAUGAAGAAACAUUUAUUGACAUUAAAGUUAAUCAGAGAAACUGAAUGGUAAAAGAAUGGGUAAGAUUACAUUAUACUUUAAAAUCUAUUACUUUCCACAAUAAUUCAGUGGUUUUACUGGAUAACAAAUAUAGUUCCUAUUAACUGUCAGGUAUUUUAUAAUUGGAAAUUAUUUGAAAAUAAUUGUACUUGAUCAUCUUUGUUGGGUGUUUUUAAGAAUGCAUGAUUUAAAAAAUGUGAGCCUAUAGCUUUUUAGUUUUAAAAAAUUGUAGUAUUUUCUUUAAAAUGUUUCGUGUUGAUAUAAUAGCUGUUUUCUUUUUCCAGGUAUUACUAGGAGAACUGUAUCGUAACCUGGGUCUUUCAGCGGCUUGUGUUUUUGCAGUCACAGUUAUCUUAAUAGCCAACUUGUGGACAAGUUUCUUGGUGUUUAUAUGUGUGGUUUUCACAGUGGUAAGUAUACUUUCUUAUUUUAGGCCUACUCUAAACAUAAUUUAAACUUUGUAGUUUUCAUUGUAACUUAUUAGUUAAGGCACCAGUCUCUGUCUCUAUUAUCAUCAUUUUGUGUGCUGUAAGGGGUCAUCCAUACAGUAUGUAUGCUGUUAAAUAUCCACUUACAUAGAAUAGGGCUUGGCUUAUUUUUAAAACUUCAGCACAGUUAUUUUUAGCCACCACCUAUUAGACUUGAUGGCUUGACCUUGAAACUGACAUCACCCAGUGAUUGUGCUGUCACUUUUUCCCUGCCCGCCCCUGUUCUGGCUGGAGAAUAUUUUGUUUAAAAUCGAAUGGGUUCCAUCUGUUCUCAAGAAUGCCAAUAGGUGACGCAAUUUCUAGAUUUUCUGUACUAGACGUUAUGAUUUAAUUCCUAUAUAAAGCCUGCUAGGUUUCUAAGCUGAUAGACUUACUGAAAGAUAGACUUAGCAAUACUUAGAAAUGGACAUAUGUGAUGUUAUAUUAUUUUGUGUAUAAAUUAAUAUUUCUUUUUUGAGGAUUAUACCUUUUUCCACUUGCUUUAAGUUGGUACACUUUUUGCUUCUACUUCUGUAUUCAAAUUUUUAUUUGUGUAGAAAUUGAUAUAUAUAAUUCAAUUUAAUUUUAGUAUUACUUGCUUUGGUGUUGUUUUUGCUUGCAUACUGUUAGAUCAGUCUCUUGUUAUGUAUUGUUUUUAUCUAUAGGCCAACUAUUAACACAGAUUUAAUCUCUAUAACCAUAACUCUACAUUUUUGUGAUUUUGUGAUUAAAUUCUAGAACAUGUAUCUAAUUUGUGUUACACAUUUGUGAUGAAGCAGUUUGGCAGGGAAAAGAAAUGUACUGAAAUAGCUUGUCAUAAUUUAUGCUUGGCUCUUACCAAAUUUAGGUUUUCACCAGGCGCACUACAUCAAAUUCGAACAAAUACAUUUUUUCGAGAUAGCCAUUACAUUUUUUAUUAAAUAAAGGGUUGCCCCUUUCACAAAAGGGUUGCCCCUUUCACAUGGCCCUGCCCUAUGACAACAUCACUCCACAUGGUGAUGUAGGGCACACUUUGGGAAUCACUGUUUUUUUAUGUCAGUCUUUUUUUGUGGGAUGGGGGCUUGUAUUGUAAGCUCAUUGUACAUACGCAUAGGAGAUGUUUACAAAAAGUAUGAGUGUAACAGGGGGUGGGUGUUAAAAUAUGACUUUUUAACUUACUAUGUAGAUGGCCCUUUACUGAGCUAAUAGGCUUUGUCAUUUCUAAGACUGGAAAACGUCAUAGCGUACUAUUUUUAGAAGGUCUGCGGACAAAUAUUGCUUAAAACAUGGCAGCUUAUAGUGUGUUUCAGCAUAUCGUUCGGACGAUCCUUGUCCUAGAGUUACUGUUACAUAUGACGUUCACGCAAUGAAGUCGCAUAUGAGAAAACAGUUUUAAAAAAAAAUGUGUAAAAUAUUUCGUAAAAUAGAGUUGUAAACAAGUUUCAGGGACACUUCGCUACAUAGUAAUACUGAACAGUGUUGACAUUUUGUCCGCGCUGAGUGCCCGGAUGAUCAGUAAUGGUGACAUCAGUUCUAUUAAUAGAUUUACGCCAUUAAAUGACAAGCCCUAUUAACAAAAAUUUAAAUUAUUCUUACUAAUUAUUAAAUCUUAUGUAACAAUUUUUUUAAAUCAAUCAUUAGAUUGUAUAUAAUGCAUUCUUAUGUUGCAGAUUGAUGUAUGUGGUGUUCUAGAAAUUUGGGGCACAACCAUUGACACAGCCAGUAGUAUUUUACUAACCCUUUCAGUAGGAUUGGCUGUGGAUUACUCAGCUCACAUAGGACACACUUUCAUGACUAUAAAGGGAUCGCGAAACAGUAUGUACAAUUUUUGUGUAUGCUGCCAGCUUAACGGAAAAGAUUAAACGGUUAACUAUGAUAAGCCACUGGCCAUGAGUCGAUGUGAGCACCAUGUUUGUUUCAUAGUAAAACCAGAUAUAUUUUUACAUUCCUACUUUUGUUUUUGUUUGAGAUUUUUUUUACCAACAGGAAGUUAAUUAAAAACCACAUGGGACAGUGAAAAUGUAAAAAAAAAAAAACAUUUUACAUUGUCAUAUUUAGUGCAUUUUGAUGGUGAUUAGCAAGUAUUUUUCAUGACGACUAGCUAUUAGGCUACCAAAUUCAAACAUACCAGUGCUAGGGAUAUGUUUAUUCAAUUGUGGAUUUGCCUAAAUUUGGGAAUCUUUUCUAAUUUGGUUUAGAUGUGAUUGCAUAAAUUAUUAGAAGGCAGUGUCUACACAUCCAGCGACUGAACAAAUACUGCAGGGGAUAUUCUUCCGGUGGGCAUGUCACAUGACCAAUAUGUGUACAUAUAUUAGCCUGAUCCCUAGAUAAUAAUAAAUACUGGGUUAAUAUUUUCAAAAGCUCUGAGAUACAUUAAGUGCAUUAAAAGCUUUUGACUUUGAAUUAAAACCAUUAGGUCUAUUUGCAUCAGACUCUUCAAAAAAAAAAAUCCAUUAUCUUGGCUCCAAUAUUUUAUAAAGCUCUACUUACUAGCCUCACUAUAAAAUAUGAACCAAACAAAAUAAGACCAAUACUUGCCAGUAGUCUUUCAAUAGAUCUAUGUCAAAAACAUUUUAUUUUAGGCUAUUAAUAUUGCGUGAGAAGUAGGCUACCCCAACAGCACAUUAUAUUGGCCCUACAUUAAAAUGUAGGGUCUAUUUCUUUGUGAACAUCAACCUCCCUGCCUUAAUUAUGUAUCACCCCCACUAUCAUUUUUAUCCUUUCUCUCUCGCUGUCAGUAUUUAUUCCUUCUAGUAUGCAUUGCUUACCCUACCCCCCUUUUUUAUUUGUACCCUACCCAAGUAUUUUUUUUCUAUUAUUUGUUUACAAGAUAAAGUAAAUUACUUGAUAGCUUUUAACAAUUGUAUUGAAUUAUAUGGUAAUAGUUAAUACAACAGCACAUAAACUAAUUUUUAUGUUGAUUUAUAUAUUUGAACUACUAAUAUUUUUUACUUGGUUUUUCACAAGUUCUAUAGCUUUUUAUUUACGAUUUUUAAAGCUUUAUUUAAUUCUUUUAUAAAUUUAAUAAUUUAUGUAUAAUUCUAAGAACAGUAAGUCAGUAAGAUUGUGGAUACCAUACCACAUUUGUAGCUUUUAAUAAGUAAUCUAAAUGAAAUUAAAUAAUAUUUAAAGAUCCCAUUGAAUACAAUACAUAGAACAAACUCAAUUUUUUUCAGGGUUGUCACUUUUUUGAAAGCUAAGAUUUAUUUUUAGGCAAACAAGAGCAAAACUGAUUUUACACAAAAAAAUUCCAAGGGAGACAAAAGACAAUUUUUUACAUUAAUUAAUAGGCAAAGGUAAAAUUAUUUAUCCAUUAAGUCAUUAAGGAAAACUUUUCUAAAAAAUUAUAAAAACAUCACAGCAAAUCAACCCAGUAUGUGUGAUGCACUGUAGUGUUGCACAUACUUCAGUGAAAUGAAUUAAACUUGUUGCCCACAUGCAUCUCUGAUAAGGCUAACGGACAAAUAUGUCACGCAACUUUGUUAUGGCGGUCAUUUGUCUAGGUCGCCGGACGAAUAUCUUGAACUUAUUUGUCCGGUCGCUGUACAUGUAGACACUUUGUUAUUAGAAAUGUAAAUAAUUAAAUUUUGGAAAAUUCAAAUUAAGGAAAUAUAUUUACAUUUUAAAAUUGCUAUGACAAUAUAAUGCAAAAGCUAAUAAUGCAAGAAAAUGGUUUAUUAAAUCCUUUAUCUAAAUUUUAUAAGUUGAAAUUCCAGAGGAUAUGGUCAAACUCAUUGAAAAUAAAAUGCUUCUUAUUUCAUUGAGUUUCCCACACAUUUAAUAGUAUUUUAAAAUUCCUCUUCGAUUUUAGAUAGAGCACUUGUUACAUUAAAACAUAUUGGACCAGCUGUUUUUAAUGGUGGCAUCAGUACAUUCCUUGCCUUUGUCCUGUUGGCAGACAGUUCAAGCUUUGGUUUUCAGAUGUUCUUUAGAGUAUGUCUUUUAUUGACCUAUGUCUUAAGUUUUGUCUCUCUAUUAUUCUUUAAUAAUUACAAUAUUAUAGCUCAUUUAUAAUACAUAAAAAUGACUUGAAAGACUAAUGAAAAAGAAAUGAGUCAUCAUGUCAUGUACUCCAUUUUAAUGUAAUAUUUUGUCUAUAGGUUUUCUCAACUGUAGUUGUCUUUGGCUUGUAUCACGGCCUGGCAUUCUUGCCAGUUAUUUUGAGCUUGUUUGGACCCAAUGCAUACAGACAUGCAAAUGAGAUUCCUGAUGGUGUAAAUUUGAUUACUGAUGAAUGUGUUUCUGACAAGAAACAGGUGGGGGAUGAAAUGCUCACUGCAGAUGGAGAACUCAAGGUUUUCAGCUUUAAUCACCGUUCUUAAUUAUAUGUUAACUUUAUAUCAACAUUCAGAUUCAUUGAUAUCUUUGUGCACACUAAUUGGUAUUUGACUGCUAUUCUAAAUCCAUUAAAUUAUGAAAAUUAUUUAUAUUUUGCAGCAUCUUGAAUAGAAAGGAGUAUUGGUACCGGUAUUUAAAAUGUUAUUUCCUUAUAUGAAAAUAUAUUAAGAUUUAACUCAUCCCCAAAGGCAGUGCCACCUCAGUACUACUCCCUUUUGCUAUUGAUAAACAAUUAUAAAAAAAUAAAUAAUUAUAUGCUAAAUAUUAAGUAAUGUUAAUGGAUUAAUGAAAAUGGAUACAGAAAUGAAUGAAGUUAAAUAAAAAUAUAACAUUAAAGGUAAACAAAUAACAAACAAUGACCAAAACAUCAAUUUUCAACACCUCAGAUGAACAGAAUCUAGAUAUAGACAUACAGAUUUAAAGUGUAACAAGAUAAAAACUUCCCAUUUUUCAAAAUUGACUUCAGGCUAUCACGGAAGUCUUGAGAACAAAAAAUUUGUUUGCUAUUUUAAAUACAAAUAGAGGUGUGUCGCUAUGUGCCGGGGCGUAUUUGGACAUAUCCGUCAGUUACACACACACACACCUCAGACACAUCUAGUUGCAACCUUUGGGAAUGAGUUAAACCAAGUAAUUUUAUCUUCAUAGACAUGAUAUAAAGAAUAAUCGAUGGAAUAAAAAAAAAUAGUGAGAGACAUGUCUAAUAAUUUUACUGAUUAUUAAUAUCCACUCAAUAUAUGUCUAUUUAUUUCAGUCUGCUGACUUUGAGGGCACUGUACCCACACAAACACUCUAUAGAGAUUGUGAUGAUGCAGAGUGUGAGCUGUUAGAACAGAAGUGAUGAUGACCAUGAUUCAUCAAAGCCGUUAUAACAAAUAACCGAGUCACGGCAUACCAGAAAUUCUUUCGUCAGAUGCAGCCAUCACUGUAUCUGGAUUAUUCAGGGGCUGAAAAGUUUUAUUUUGUUUAAAGGACUGAUAGCUUUAUUUGCUUUUUAAUGCUUAUCAGCUUUAUGUGCUUUUUAAUGCUUAUCAGACAUAAAACUAUUCCAAAUUAUUUUCAAAAGAAUUAACAUAUUUUAACUAUGCCAUAAUGAAAAAAACACUAUUAAAAGAAAUACAUUUUUAUAUGUUUACUCGGGGACAUAGUUUAAAAAUGUAUGUACAUAAAUGAUGCAUUACUUAUUUACAUGAUGUAUCUUAUCAACAGCAUACUUCAUUAUUUAUUUAUUCUUAAU